AUUGCCUCAGAAAAAUCUGAUAUUGCUAUUGUUAAACCUAACUUGACUUCAAGACUAUCAGAGAAAUUUUUUGCUCCAAGUCAAACUCCUGAAAAUGGCAAGCAUCUUGUUGAUGAGUACUGCGAAAAGCUUGACCGAAGUCCAUGGUCAUUUAGUGGUGAUAGCUUGAUGUUACAAACACCAAGAGCACACCCUGACGUCUCCAAUGUAUUAUCAAAGACUAGUGAUGGUAAAAUCUGCUUUGAAAGCAACGAGACAAAACCAUCAUCUUCGUCUACACCAAUUGAUUCCACCAGUUUGCUGAAGAGACAGACUUUCUUGGUAAGGAGACAGACAUGUUUGGCAGCGACACAAAGCAGCCAUCAUAUACGGGUUCAACAUUUGAUGAAAAACCAUUGUCAAAGAAGAAUGGCAACUGGAGUGUUGGUUGUGAAGCUCGUAAUCCCUUUGAUGGCAGUCUUUAUGAGUUUCAGGGCCCACUUGAUGGGAAAACUGUUUGGGAAGAAAGUGGUGCUCUUUUUGGAAAUGAUUUUGAAGCGGGCGAAUUCAUGUCUUCGGAGGAUGCUGCUAAGCUUCUCGAUGAAGAUCAGAAAAAGUUCGAAGAAAGUCAUCAAUUUGAUAAACAGGACGCGAUGAUCGAAGAUGGCAUCUCCUUCACCUCUUACAUUCUACCCAAUGAUCAUGGACGUAGAUCUCUAUCGGUGGUCGGUAUUAACGAUCCUGAUAACAAAGGAGAAGUUAGAAUAUCAUUUGGUGAUUUCUUUGCGGCAAAAACUGAAGAACUGGGACGACUAGGGGAAGAUAAUGGAAACAAGCCAAGGCCUCGUUUUAACGAAACGCAAAGUUUGGCUGUAUCUCCUCCUGUCCAACGACCAAAACCUUUGUAUAGACCUUCGUUGCCUGAAGGCGGCAACAGUGUCAUUACCCCGCAGAACCCCGAUGAAACUAGAGAAAAAACUGGGACACCCGACCAUUCUGAGGAGGGGACACACGAUUUCAUGACGGUUAGGUCAUCGCCUUACGGAGCCGAGGCCGAUGUAAAGAAGAAUGAAGAAGAGCGGGAACAUAACGUUGCCGUGGAAACAUCGAAAACAGGAAAAAUUUUCAUUGAAAAUAAGAAAGAUGAAAAUGCUUCUUCAAAUGUUCAAAAAAGAACCUCAAAACCUCGACGACGACCGUCCACAAAUCAAAAUGCUCAUGUUUCACUUUCAAAAACUUAUGGUGUUGAAUUGAAUAACUCUGCUUUGGCUGCUUUGAAGUUUUGCAAUUCAAGUGAAGGCUCAAAACUUGCCGAAAUGUCCACUAAAGACCUCAAAUCUCUUUCGAAAACGUUAGCCAUGGCAAAUGUUGAAGACGAAAAUGAAAUAUACAAGGUUCUUGUUCAAUUUCUUCAAAGUAAAGGAGCUUCUCAAAAUGAUGUUAUCCAAAAGAAGAGGCAACCUUUACCUGAUGUUUCUGAGAUGGACUCAAAUGAUGGAUCAAAAAAUCUUACAGACAAAACAAGAGAUAGUGAUGGUGCACUUGCAUUUUAUCAUAGUGACACUAGCUGUGAAAUAUCUCCGACCGAGCCAAAGUUUCGUAGCAUGUCCUCUAUGUCUUCUCCACCUUUGGAUACGUCAUCACCAAAAAGUAAUGACAAAUCUAUCGAGGAUAACAGUGAAAAACACCCUCCGGAAAUGGCAGUCACUAUAUCCGCAUCGGAUGUUGGGGUUCACUCCAUUUCUAACUCGAACACUUGUGUUGUAUCAAACACGAAAGAGUCAAGCACUGCUCUUCCUAUACCGACUAAACAUUCAGUUCCAACAACAAACUCUGUUAGUCAAGUCACAGUAACAUUAUCUUCCAUCUCAUCGUUUCAAUCAAGGACAGUACCUCCACCAUCAAUUGUAGCGUCAUCAACUCCACCAUUACACAUGGUGAACAUUCACAAUCUUACUCCUCGUAUGGUUGUCGAUGCACCUUUAACCACCUUAACCGGAAGUGUUACUCCACUCACGUUCAAUCAGCAUGGUAUUCCGUCUACAUCCUAUCAACAACUAGCAAAUGGGUAUAAUAACAAUCAGCCGCUAACUUGUAGGACAUCCAAUCAGCCACAUCACUCUAAUGUAUCCUCAACUUUACAAGGAUCUUAUCCCAUCACAAUCCAAGGCUGUCCUUCUCAAAUCAAAAUGCCCCAUCCUUUGGAUAGGAAUCCUCCAGUUGAACCUCGAUAUUUGAUCAAUCCCUCCAUAUCCACAUACAACCAGCAAUUGGGGUACAAUUACCAGCAUUCACAAGAAUUUUAUGGAAGAAGUGGCCGGUCAGUUUCAACAUCGAGUCUGCCAAUAGCCCAAAUGAAUCAGGUGCCAAGCGCUGAAAUGCUUCAAACACAAGGAAAACGAUUAGAUCACAUGAACAGUCAUCCCGCUUUAUUGGGAAUAACCAACGCUAGUGUAACCACAGGAGACAGAAAUCCCACAUUCAUACACAAUUUUCUUCCAACAAGUUAUGGAAUGUCCAUCCCUCUGAAGAUCUGA